AAUGGCUGUUGAUUGCCGCCAAAUCAGAUUUGAGAAAAGAAGUCGUUUAAUAUGAAGCUUUUGUGUUUUAACUUUAUUAGACGGCUCUAAAAGAAAACAUUUCAUGCUAAAAAUACACAGAUUACUCUUUUGGUCUCAUCGUGAGGGUGCCAUGUGCGGAAACAUUCAGAGAAAGUGGGACAUAGCAACGAGUUAGCGGGGUUUCGUCGUGAUCAUUACAGCUGAUAAUUUUUGACCGUGGUAUGCCAGUUUCCUCGGCCAUGGACGGACCUCCCUCGUUUUCCGUUGCUGAGGAUGGAGGUAUUGGUUUAAUUUAAUAGUUUUUGAAUAUCGCAAACGCGCAAAAAUAAAAAUUUGCAGUUUUGUUUACCUCUUAUGAUUGACAGCUUGAUGUUGUUGUAUGGCAGUUCAAGUUUAGCCUUCCUGUUAGGGCACAUAUUUGCAGGAACGAACAGCUCAAGAACUUUGUGAUCCGUUGCUCUUGUAGACGGAAGACAUUUCAGCGAGAUCUAUGCUCGUCAGUUGAUCUCCAAGAUAAGCAGAGAGGAGCUUGAAGACAAAUAUUUGAGGCUUCAGGAGGACAAUCAGGUAUAGACUGGAGUACACAUUGUAUGACUCCCAACUCGCGUUCCUUGUUUCUUGUUGAAUUAUUUUCUCCUCUGAUUGAGACAUUUGAUAAGCAGUAUAUAUGUGCAAUGUAUAUCUCUGAUACAUGGUGGAUUUAGAGAUAAUUAUGCCUUCAUAUUUUGAAUUUGGCACCAGAAAAUUAAAAUAGGUACCUAAUCAUUACACCUACACCUACUCCUGCACAUGUUCAACAUUUAGAUCCUCAUCUAGUUUGCACAAGAAGCUGAAAGAAACAGUCAAGACUUUUUAUUUCAUGGUUGUUCUGGGAACUUGUCUUCCCUCCUUUGCUCAAUCAUGUCUUACCAAGUUCAACUAUAAUGGAGUUUAGAGGUUUUAUGCAUGCAAUGACAUUCAUAUUUUACUUUCAGCUUAAGUUUGUGUCAAUGGGUUUUGUCCAAGAUUGAAUGUGAAAGCUAUCUAGGCAGUAAUGAACACUACUUAAGCAGUAGUGAAACUAUGGUCUAAAAGAAAAUUCAGGAAUUUGAAUCCAUAUACAGGACUUGAAUCCAUGACCUCUGGGAUACUGGUGCAGUGCUCUAUCAAGUGAGCUACAAACCAGUUGUUUUGCCAACAAGUCAUUUCACCAAUGGUAGUUUUGCAAACGUUUCUGGUCAAUUUACAAAUGUGUAGAAGUCAGUUCGCAAAUGUUUAGAAGUCAGUUCGCAAAUGUUAUAAACAUUUGCAUGUCAACCUGGGUUUAACUAUAAAAUUCAGAAUACUACAUUAAUGACUUGUUGUAUGCGUAAAUUAUUGGAUGUGAAAUCUCACAGCUUAUUUCUCAUUAAAGUAUAUUUCAUAUUUAAUCAAAUGGACAGUUUUUAUCCCAUGACUUGGUAGUUGUGGACCUUCCCUCCAAGAGCAAAACCUCCUGACAGAACACAACAACAGUAAGACCUGUUUCAUAUCAGUAGAUUGAUUUGCAGAUAAGAGCUACUGUACAAGCAACAUGCAAAUCCUGCAAUAGAGCGAGACUGUAUUACUUAAGCUGGAGAGUUUGUAUGCUCAAAUGUUGACAUCUCAAAUCUACAAAGUGUGUGAACUGACUUCUACACAAGUCAUAUAAAUGUUUAUAACGUUUGUAAACUGAUUUACAAACAAUCCAAUCACUUGGAUGUUUAUUUGUACCCAAUUCAUUGACCAGCUCCCAGUUGGCUUGUUAGCUCAAUUGGUAGAGCGCUGCACCGGUAUCGCAGAGGUCAUGGGUUCAAAUCCUGUACGGGCCUGAAAUUUUUUUCAGGUCCUAUUUACAACUACUCGUUUCAGUAGUGUUCUUAGCUGCGAGGAUCUCCUAAUUUCAUCAUGCAAAUAUGUGAAUUUCACUUCCCAAUUCAUUGACCAGCUUUGGCUUGAACUCAAUUGGUAGAGAUGUUUGCAAAAUGACCAAAUUUUUUCAGGUCCUAUUCAGUGAGCUGUAUGUAAUUUCAUCAAACUUGGAACUGACUGAUCAUUAAAAUGUUGGUUCAAAUUAAAUCUUGUAAAAACCUGAAUGAAUCAAUGACUGUGAAUAUAUUAACAUCACUUACAUGUAUAUGAACUGCAGUUUUAAGAAAUGAAUAUGAAAGUGAUCUUUGGAGUAAUGAGCACUACUUAAGUCACAUUGGAAAUAAGGCUUGGAAAAAAAUUUAGGCUUCUACAGGAUGAAUUGAUGAAUCACAGGUUUAUUUUGAACCUACAUAAUGACCAGUUCCCAGUUAGUCUGUAAGCUCAGUUGGUUAAGAGCACUGAACCAGUAUCACAGAGGCCAUGGGUUCAAAUCCCAUAAAGGCCUGAAUUUAUUUUCUUCAGGCCUUAUUUUCACUACAGUAACUGUUUGAGUAGUGUUCAUUACUAGGAAGAUCACUUUCAUAUUCAUCUCUUAAACUGCAGUUCACACAUAUGAUUUUCAUAUAUUCACAGUCUUUGUCCCAGAUUGUUACUUACAUUGCUGAACUAUCUUAAUGAAAUGUAUAUUGAUUACAGAGCUUUCACGAUCAUUAUACUUAUACACAAUAAUUUUUAAUUGCUACAGGAGUUAAAGAAAUAUGCAAGGAAGCAGGAGGAGAAGAUCAAAAAGUAUUUGAUAUAUUCUGAACAUAUUAGUAGAAAAUUCUAACUAAAAAGAUCUCCAAUAGUAGCAAUAAAUUUUCAAUUUAAAUGUCAGGUCAAAUAAAUUUUUUUCUAUAAUAAGCUAGUUUUCUACUCGUUUUACUCAUUUUUUCUGAACUUAGGAUGGCAACUAAGCUGUUGCGAUUGGUGCAUGACAAGAAAAGGGAAGUCACAGAUGGAGGUACUGUUAUCAGUGGGUAAUACAAUAUUCCCAACAAACCUAUCCAGUUACUUGCCUAUAACUUUAGAUUGUAACAGUAUUUUUUCUGUUACCCUGUAUAUAGUUGUAUCAUUCAAAUUUGCACUCUCAGAAGGAUCAAUUAAAGCCUGAAAGCUUUGGUCUCAAAAUGCUAAGGUGUCCAGCCCUUAAGAGCUUUGAUUCAUAGGUAUGGUCCUGAGCCAAACUUAGAUUCCCAUGACACUUCAGCUUGGUCCCCUACAUGUACAUGGCGCAAAUGAUGUGAAAUGUACAUGUACCUGUAUCAACUUCCCAAAUUUAAUCAGAUAGAUAUGUUGUGACUUUGUUUGCCUUUAAGAUUUGAUAUAUUCACUAUAAUUUCCUUGAAAUAGUGUCUGCUGUAAACAAUGUGGAUACAAGAGAGAAAAUUGCAGAUCUGGAAGCUAAAAUUGUAGAUUUAGAAAAGCAGAAUGUUGGAUUGAAAAAUAAGGUACAGUUCAUAACCAGUUUUCAGUACAAUUACCAAAUUCAUCAUAACAUGUACUUAAUUCUGUCCUUUAAACAUGUGUUUCGUUAAUAUAUACAGUAUAAUAUUUUUGUUAUUUCUGUAAAAUCAACCAGUAUUAAGUUUGAACUCACAGUGAUUUAUGACUAUUUUCAAUGGUUCUUUUUUAAGCUUACUGUUGCCAAGCAACAACUACAGACCCAAGGGAAGCGUGCCACACCUUAUGAUCAUGUGAAACCUCGUGUUCAAACAGUAAGUGGAGAUCAACACCACAUGUAUUUUAGUCAGAUCAAAUUUUUUUAGUUGAUUUCUUCUAUUUGGUUGAGAAUUUAUUAAAGAUAUGGAGUGUAUUUUAAUUGUUGCAUUAUCAAAACAUAGACUUUUUUCAUUGUUGCAUUUCUUUAAGUGUCUAUUUGAGAAUGGGCAUUUUAAAAAUAAUUAUAAUGACUGGAAUAAUAACAGUUUGAAUGAAAAUGGUUUGUCUGUUUGUUUUCUUCUUCUUUCUUUCUUUCUUUCUUUCUUUCUUUCUUUCUUUCUUUCUUUCUUUCUUUCUUUCUUUCUUUCUUUCUUUCUUUCUUUCUUUCUUUCUUUCUUUAUAUAAUAUAACCUUGUUUCUUGUUCAGGGUAUUCAUGCCAGAACACCAUCAGGAAACCGACUCAAGAAAGAUUUAAGAGUUCAAGGCCAUGAUAUAAAGUCAGUAAUUCUACACUGUACAUGUGCAGAGCUCUGUACUGGAUAACUACUGGAUAAACUAUUUUAAUGAAUGAAAAACACCUGUUUUUUGUUUGUUUUCUUCUUCAAACUUUCUUUUUCUUUAACUUUUAACAUUUCUCCUUUAUCCAUUUAUCCAUAAUAUAGAAUACUCAAACUUAUUUCUAAAUGUUUAGGCUUUUAGAUCCUGGGUUAUUUUAUUCAUACCAAAAGGAAUUUCCAAUCAAAUGAAACCAGAAAGAUGACUGAAAAAACUAGAUUUAAAUGAGUUCAUUUAAAAGGCCAUGAUAUGAAGAUCUUGUAGUAAUUCUACACUAAUUAUUUUUCGCUUUGAUGAUAAUUGAUCUAAAUUGUGAUCUUGUUUUUUUUGUUUGGGGACACUAACUGUGAUUAUUUUUGUAUUUGAUUUUUGUAGACCUGGAUCAAGAGUACCACCUCCAAUGCUACCACAACCAAGGUAACCUAAACCUACUGUCACAAAUUUUAACCCUUUUUGCCCUAAUGUCAGUAUGCAUAUUUUCCAUACUGUCCACUAUACAAUUCCUAAGAUGCUGACAAUGAGGAUUUGUUCAACAAACAAGAGCUUCUUUCGUUGGUGAUCAUUUUUUUUAAUUCUCCUGACCUUAGUGUGUGAUUCAGCAGUGAUAUUGUGAGGAGAAAUUAGAUGCUAGUCACUCUAAGGGGUUAAUGGGUUAAGGCAGAGUUAUGUACUUGUAAUCUUAGCUUAGUGUUGAGCAAUAAUAAGUACUGUUUUUGCUUUAUCAGUGCAGUGGUUAAACUUUUGUGGAUUUUAAAUAAUUAUAAUCUCUGUCCAUGCACAGACAGUUGUUGCCAUAUGGUCUCCAGUUUAGAGAUACACACUCAGGAUGUACUAGUUUUGAUGUUACGACAUCCUGAGUGUGUUAUUCUUUAAAUUGUGACAUAAAAGUUCCUUAUGGAUGUAUUUUGUUGAGGCGUAAUUUCUAUUGCAGGUCAUGUUUGAUUUAAUGAAGCUAAAUGAAUUUUGAGGCAAAUGAAUGCAGCAGUUUCAGCUAAAGGAGCUCAACAAGGAAGCAUUCUCAUGUCCUUUUGCCCAAUUUGUUUACCUACUAUGAAUGUUCUUUUGCUUUCCUCCUUUCCUCCUUUCCACUCACAAUGUAUGUUGCUAUUGUGUUGGUGGAUAACUAGGGGUGGAUUUGGCUCAGUUGCUAUGGUGAUCUCCAUGCUGCCACAGAGAUUGCUGCCCUUAUCUAUAGCAACCUUUAUGGCUCUUACUUGUGCCCUCCAAUACUAUUGAAAAAAUUUUUUAGUGACAAAUUACAGUAGCUGCUAUAAGUAUAGUACCCUUUUCCAGUCAUUAUUUGAUCUUACUAGUGCUGAGGCUGCGUGAAACAUUUCAGCUUCAUUACAGCUAUACCUUUAAGUUCUUAAGCAGUUUAUUGGGGAUUGUUUUCAGUGGUCUUGCAGCAUUUUUUCAAGAAUUAUCCCAGUUAAACCCAGCGCACUCACUCUCUAAUGUCCUUCCACUGUUUGUUCAGUUCUGUUUGAGGAAAUUUGCCAGAGAGAGAUUUGCCAGGCAUCAAGCUGAACAUGUAUUUUGUGAAUCCAGGAGCUUGUUAAAGCUGUAGCCUCAGUUGAAAUUAUUAGAUAUCCCAGGAACCCACCUUUCAUUUUACCAUGAUAGCUAAUUAAAUAGUGUGAUUUGGAAUUUCUUAACUAAUUAAAAGUUGUAAGAACUAGAAUUAAUUCUCUGAAUUAAGUUGUCCUCAAUGGAAUCAAAGUUAGUGCACUGGUCUGUUGGUCAAAAUCACAGCCUUUAAGUGCUAGGGGCCAUGGCCAGAGAUAUUAUUUUGUGGGAAACUCACUUAAACCCUUUAACCCCAAGGAGUGACUGGCAUCUAAUUUCUCCUUACAAUAUCACCCCUGAAUUUCACAUUAAGAUCACGAGAAUAAGGAAAAUGAUCGUCAGCCAGAGAAGCUCUUGAUUGUUAAAUAAAUUCUCCUUUUUUACACCUAAGGAAAGGUAUAGAGAACAGUUUUGAGAAUAUGAAAACUGAUGUUAGACUGUAAAGGGUUAAUCUUAUGGUGCCUCCCUUCAUCCAAGAGCGUAACUGGGUACCAGCAAACUUUCAAAGAUACUGGACAAAGUGCCAAAUAGAUAGAAAUCCAGCCAGGUGGAAAGGCAAAACUUAUACACUCACAUGCAUCCAGCUCUAUUCUAAGAAAAGUGGAAAAUUUCCUGCAGCUAUGUAACUGUCUUUACUUCAGUAAAAGAUUACCUACAUUACUAUGCAUGUAGAGACUGAAGUUGUAUUUAUCAACACUCUAUCCUGUUUUGUUUUUUUUCUUUUUUUUUUCUUUUUGAAGGUAUGGACACAGUCUCCUUGAAGAAGCAAGGCUGGAAAAAAGGGAACUGUAAGUUCAUCCUCAAACUCUUAAAUACUGAGUCCUAAUUUUCUCUUCCAGCUAAAAUACAUUUUGUCCUGAAUUGGGAGUGAGAAUUUUGUCAUAUCAUGGAAACCCCCUUUGUCUUUCUCUUCACCAAUAUCAGCAUUAUCUUAGGUAGCCUGUUUGUAAUAGCGUGCAUAAAAUAUCAUUACAAUCAAUCAUUUUAGUUUUAUAAUCUCAUUAUCUUAAUACAAUGACUUGUAUUUUCUCUCUUUACAGAGAGGAACUUAUUGCCCAACUUCAAGAUCAAAUUCAAUUACUUGAUGAAGAUGGAGCCCAGUUAAGGGAGCAGGUGGGAAGAUUUUAUUUUUAUGAAACUAACUCAAUCAGCCUAAUCUCUAAUCAAAAUUAUUUAAUUUAUAUUUUAUUUAAAAAGAUAAUUUACAUGUUAUGAUGAUGAAAUACAUAUUUAAGUACUCAAUAUCAUAGAAUAAGAGUCACUGGUUAUUUAAUUGCACAUACAUGAAAAUACAAUUUUCUUGAUCUAAACAUGAUUGUACUCUCUAAGCACAGUUUUCUAGCAAUUUUUCUUAAAAUCACUCAAAAGUGAUGGUCAUGGUACAAUGUAUCUAACAAUGGUAAUUCUUAAAAGUCAAAAGCUCUGUUUGAUCUUAUCUCUGUGGGAAAGCUUUGGAAGGGAAGUCAGAAAAUCUUGUUUUUGAGUACAUGUAACUUUUUACAUCCUGAAUUCUGAAUCAUUACUUGCAAAAUCAAAAAAGUAACAGGUAAAGUCAUGUGUGACAAGGAUCUCAGCAUUUAACUUUGUGAAAUUCUGCUUGUUCAUUUUACAGUUGAGGCAAACCAAACUGCACCAUGAAGAUGAAAUAAUGCAAUUGAAAGAACAGGUUUCAGAUGCCCAAAGGUAUGUAUGUGAUGUGCUAUUUCAACCAGUUUUUAUUUCUGAAUCAGUAGUCUCCAGUCACUGAUGCAGACUUUGGGAACAAAUGUUGUGCCAUGCGUAAUACCAACAAGAAACUAAAUAAAAUUGUAGUUGAGCAUAGUGACACAGGUUUAAAAAUGAUUGUUUAGGUUUUUCCAAGAUUAACCCUUUAACCCUGUAAGUGAGGAAAUGUCUAGGAUAUAGUAUGGAGAAUAUGCAUAUUGAUGACCAGUAGAGUGUAAAGGGUUAAGCAAGGAAAGAUUAAUUAAAAAAAUGUUCAGUGUAGUUGCUUACUGGCAAGAAAAAUGAGAGUUUUCACGGUCGAUUCAAAAAAUUAAUUUUGUGUCAAAAUACCUGUAAGCAUUUGGACUUUUGCAUCUCUGCUUGCUGCAACUUGAAAGUAGUCAAUGUAAAUCUGUAGUCUGCCAUGGUAUGUUUUAAUAUCACUCUUACAUGUUGGGCUGAAAUAAUUUUUUUUCCUUUGUUACGGCAAGGUCAAAUAUUCAAGAGAAUGUUGACUUGAUAAAACUUCAGAGGGAGAUGAAAGAAAAAGCAACAAAGUUUGAAGCUCUGCAGGCCAAGUACUUAAAUCUAGAAGAGGUAAAAUAAUUAUUUGAACCCAGAGAUAAUUAUACUAAAAUAAUAUCAUACUAACCUUUUUUUUCUUGGUCCACACUGUAAGUUAAGGAACCUUUUUUUCUGCUCAGAUUUAUGGUAUUCAUGCUUGGGCAAUAAAUCUGAUCAGAAAACUUGGUCUUACAGGACAGACCCCAAAGUAAUUUAGUAAGAGGAAUAAUUAUGUACUGUAGCUCGUUGAAUUAUAAUUAUAUACUGUAGCUCAUUGAAUUCUGUAUGAGUGCAUGGUAUGGUAUGGUUGUGCUUUUUCGGUUACCCUAACAGGCAUUACUUUCAUCUCUUGAUGUAUGUUUCUCUUUCUUCAAUCAGAAUCUUGCCAAAGUAAAAGCAAGCCAUACUCAGGUUCUUGAAGAUAUGGAAAAACUAAAUGAAGAACUUAAAAAGGUACGCAAAGGGAAUAUCAUAGAACAAAACAGUAUACUACCAAGUUGCAAUGUUUUCAUUUGCAAUUAUCAAUGCAGUGUCAUUUUGUGCAUCCAAUUUUUCCAAACAUUUGUCGUUGACUUGUGUCAAGAAAGAGGGACAGGAGAUACUUGUUACGUGUAGUCUGGCAAUACCAGUAGGUUACAGUGAGCCACAGUAAGCCACAGUCUGGCUACAGUGAGCCACAGUCUCACUAAAGUAGGCCACAGUCUGGCCACAAUAAGCUACAGUCUGGCUACAGUAAGCCACAGUCUGGGCCCAGUAGAUUACAGUCUCACAAGGCCAAAGUCUGGUUACAGCAGGCCACUCACUGUGCAAGCAUGUUUUAUAUUGCUAAGUUGCAUGAAUGAAUCUUGAUUUGAUGUUGUUUUGCAUUGACUCAUGUACAGCAGUGAUUUGUGGUUCAUAAUUUGUUAUUUAUAUAGAUGCAUAGUGUACUCUCUCUUAUCUGUACAGGAACAAACAAAGAAUUUUGCUUUAAAGAAUGACCUCAAGACUGGAGGAAUAGCAUCAAAGUCAUUGUCAGAGGUAAAAUGAUUUUACAUGUGUACACGUCUCGUAGAUAUAAGGCUAUGGUAUUGUGCAGUCAUACUGUAUUACAUGGUCAAUUUCCAAAGUCACGAAAUUAUUACCCCUCAAUCACUGUAAUUUUUACCACCAUCAGGCUGUCACCUCUAUUAAGCAGUCAUGGUCAACCCUGACGAAGUCCCAACAGCUUGUUUGUAUUGUCCUCCGCCUGUAUUAAAUGGCACAUUGUACAUUACAGUUGUUAGUGGUCAAUUAUGGCAUGAAAUAGCGAUUUUUGUCGUUUUUAAAAUUUCCCUACACUUUGGAGCCUGUAUUAAGCAGUCACCCUGCCAUUCCCGUGGGUGAACGCUUGAUACAGGUUUUGGAGCCAGCGAACUGUCGGGGAAAUGUGACAAAAUGGUAAGGGGGGAGGGGAGGGUGGAGAGAAGAAGAAGUAAUCCAGUAUGCAUUAGCAUAGCAUGGUACAGAACCUUGACGCUCUUUGUUGAAAUGAAGAAUUAUUCAGUCCUCACUAGAUCGUCAAUACCUUAACAAUUUAAUUGCGUUUAUUCUUUGUGUUAAAAUAGCAACUUCAGAUGAUUGGAGAUCUAAAAGCAGAGAAUGCUAUCUUGAAGGAAGCAAAUGAAAAACUGGUCACCAGGUAGGACAGUGCCUUGUACAUGUGACUGAAAGCAUUUGUAUGUAUCGUCGAUUUGUUGGUGUCUUUUUUUGUUCUUUUGUUCUCCGAAUUUGUUCCUUUAUUGGAACGUUUUUAUUUUCUUUUUCCAUUCCAGUGCUUUUGAUGCCGAACGUGAAAGACAGCACAGAGCGAAAUACAGGCAAAUGGAGGUACGGUGUCAGUUUGCCAGCAAGGAGACACAAGAGACACAUUCAGUUAGAAAACAAACACUAGUUGAUAGAUAUUUUUGAAGAGACAAAUUCAAAGGAAGAAAAGUGUGAAUACACUCUAGAAACCGCCAAUGCCCUAAUACGCAUUUAAGCUGUUGAUUAUUGGGUCUUGAAAGGGGCAGGUCAACAUUUACUAAUCUUGUUUCAGGUGGAGAUGGAGCAGUUAAGAGCUACUUUGCAUUCAGAUUUACAGGAGAAAAAUGAAAUUCUUGACAAAUUAACCAGUGAGAGAGGUGAGAUUCGCCUUUAAUGUGGUUAGGACUUACCACGCAUUAGCCGCACUAGGUAAUAACGACACUCUAUGAGAUUGUAGGCAGAAACGUUUUAGUCAUACCAUACAAAUCACAUGGAAUACCUAAAACGAGUUAAGUGGCUGAAAGCGUUAUUCCGCACUUGGGGCCAGUUUACGUUAUUUUUUUCUAGGAUUCUUAUUGGUUGUUGAACUUUGUUUUGAUUGGCGCUUCUUAUGAUUGCAAGAACGCGCGUUCUCGCGCGAUUACUGCCGCGCACGUGCUAUUUCCGUAUAAUUUCUGAUGGUUCUUUUUGUAAUUAACUGUUACUCUGCCUGGUCACGUUCAUUGCUCUGUUUGGUCAAGUAUUGUAGUGCGUCGCCAGAAACUUCUCCAUCCUUGUCAUCAUUAUUGUAGAGUCUGCUGAAAAAUUAAACGCAGAGCUACGUGAACUGCGGGUACAACAUUACACAUUAAAAGAACAGUAUGAUGACUUGAAGGAAAAGAUGAAGUUCUUUACCAAGGUAAUUUUUAAGGGCAGGCUAACGUUGUCAUUUCUGCCAUCGUCUCACUGUUUCCAUGUAGGGGACAUUUCCGCUUAAAAUAGCUAUCUUUACCCUUUACGCCCUAAAAUCAUUAUGCAUUUUCUCCACACUGUUCUCUUUACCUCUCCUAAGGUGUUGACAAGGAGAAUUUGUUUAACAAUCACGAGCUUUCGUUGGUGAUCAUUUCCUUUAUUCUUGUGACAGUAAUGUGUGAUUUAGGAGUAAUAUUGUAAGGAGAGAUUAGAUGCAAGUCACCCUUUGAGGCCAUAGGUUUUAGCAGCUUAAACACUUGUCUUUACAAUUUGUUAUCUUCAGACAAGAAGAAAAUAAUAAUUGGUGAGCUUUCUUGAUUUAGAUAAGUUUUGGGACCCCUGAUAAGUAGUUACUAAACUCGCCGUCGCCUACUGAACUUUGCAGGAAAGUGCGGUGGAUUUUCAGGAAAUCGAAGAAGCUCUCGUGCUGAUUAAAGUAAGUUAGUUAUUUUUCUGUUUUGCGUGAGUUGAUUCUGUUCCGUUCGGCUCCAUCUUCAUGACAACAAGUGUCUCAUAGUAGACUGCACCCUUUGACUUUUUCUUUUCUCAACAGCACAGGAAAGAGAAAGGAAGCCAGGACUUAGAUUUCUUGGAAAAAGUUGAUGACGAAAAGAGCAAAGGUAAAUUUUUACGACGAACGUUUCUUGGGUGAAAGAGCGAUCCAUGGUAAGCGACUUUCAGAAACUAUAUCACGAUGCUUUCAAUUCCGUGAACAAAAUAUUAAUCAUGCCUUUCGUUCUUAUAAAUUCUCGCAGAUAUGAAACGACAAGUACAAGAAUUACAAGCUGCACAUGCGGACACAAUCAAUGAGCUCGAGAAAACAAGAAAUAUGUUGAUUAUUCAGCACAAAAUUAAUAAAGAUUAUCAAACAGAGGUGAGCUGAAAAUACGGUGCUUGUGUUGCGGUGAUCUUACUAUUUACUCUCAAAACAAGCCCCCGGUUUCGGCUAUAAACAAAGCCUUAAAAAAAAGUACUUGCGAUUAUAAUAAGCUGUAUUUUUGAGUGGAAUGCAACAAGUGGAACACUCUAUGGUUUAUUUUUGGGCGGAAAGGGGUUAAAGUUUUAGAGAAACUGUGGUGCUGCGUCGGUGGGAGAGUGUAACAGGAUAAUUUAGCAUUAUCAACUAACAUAAAGUAGCCACUGUAAAGAGUUACGAAGCUGACGUUUCGAGCGUUAGCCCUUCUCUCUGUGAGCGUGUUGAGGUCAGGUUUCAAGACUUGGCUGGGUCAUUCCGUUUCGUUCUUGGUUAUGAUACUUAACUCACAGUGCCUUUCUCUACCUAGUUGUAGAAUCGCUGAAGAGUGUCAAUGACUUAUAACCUGAAUAAAUGCAAGAGCGAUUCUCUUAGUCACGUCAUAGUUCACAUACCGUGAUUAGUUUUGCCACCUUUGUCAUUGAGUUAUUCCCGUAUGCAGAAUUAACUGAUCCUUUUUCCUUGCAAUUCAGCCAAUCACAACGUCACUCGAACCUGUGAAAAAUUCGUUCUCCCGUGGUCUUUACGCUAAAUUCUUCUCUUGGCUUGAUUCUGAAUCUUUAAUUCUUUUUAACCUUCUUUUUUCUGUUAAGGUGGAGCGGGUAACCAAGAAGAUGACUGAAGAUAAGAAAGAGUACGACCUUAAGAUGCAAGAGUACGCUCAGUUACUGGACAUUCGGGCCGAUAGAAUCCGAGUCAGUACAACAAUAUUACUUACGUUUCAGUUUGUUUUGUGGCAAAUGUUUCUCCUUCUAUUAGCAGACCGAACGUUUACUCCGUGAGUGAGUUUUUCGGGCAGUUAUUUCUUGUUUGUCUGACCACUGUCAGUGUGUGUGUUUGUCUGUCUGUCUCUGUCUGUCUAUCAGUCUGCCUGUGUGGCUGUUGUUAAGUAUCUAUCCUUUUGUCUUUCACGGUCAUAUUGUCUCCCAACGUCAAUCCGUGAGUCAAUCUAGGUGUUUGGUUUCAAUCGUGUGCACUUGAUGUGCAUGCGCUCUUUAGAGCGGACUGUAAGUGCGAGAGGUGAUCCUUGCAUGGGAGAACGUCUCGAGAGAGACGUGAAAAAAGUUGGUACCCUUUCCUGGAAACAGAGCCUCAAAUGUUUCAGAGGAAAUUAAACGACGUAGUGUCUUAUUGUGUAAAUUUAUUUAUCUCAUGUGCGUUGCAAUUUUCUUUAUUGCGUUGAAGCAUCGUUCAAUCUUCCUUUUCUUUUUCCACAGAAACUUGAAAGUCAGAUGCGUGACGUAGCAUACGGAACCAAGCAGUACAAAGCUGCUCCUUUAGAGGUGAUACAAUACACAGAAAUUAAUAAAUGCAUAAAGACAAAGAUAUUGUUACUGAAAAAAAGGAAAAAUGAAUCACUUGGCUGUACUUCAUCUAUUCAAAGCUGGUUUUCACUCAGGACGGAGUCGGAGUUGUAUUCAGAAGCACAGAGCGAUGCGAUCCAGUGAAACAGGGCCCGCACAGUAAAUUUUUGAGCGGGGGCGAGGGCUAAAGACGAAUGUAUAAGCUUCAGCAUACAAGACAGGGGGAUGGGUGGGGGCGUUAAAGUGCCAGCACCUCCCUCCGCGCUGUCCAUGUGAAAAUCGAACUGAAUAGAAAAUCGGAAGAAACAUUUGGAUGCCGCUUACCAUCCGCUGAAAACUGGAUUGUCAGAGUCGUAGUCGAAAUGCUGCACUCGGAGGGACUGACAACUAGCAUUGUGAUUGGUGAGUUCUUCCGCUCCUGCUUGCGAGUUGGACAAUCUAGUUUUCACUGGAUCAAAAGCGUUGCAGUCAUUGGUGGAAGAAGGAAACGAUUCCUCCAACUCCGAUUCCGUCGAGUUUAUGAUUCUGCUUGCCACUCCAAUUUUUUAUUUUCACUGGGUUGGAAGCGCUCUUACGACUCCGACUCGAAAUAGUAUUUUAUUUUUAUAAGUGGUCAUAAUUCAUUUCGGAGAAAAGUUUAGGGAUUUUUAUUUACUAUUUAUUAUUUGUGCAAUGAUUAAAUGAAAGAUCAUGGUAGUUAUACGUACAAUGAAAGGUGUUGUUAAAAUAAAGCCUAAAGAUCUUCAGGCUUGAGUGGAACCGAGGAUGGUUUAGCGAUUCCGACAGAGUGCUAUUAACUGCGCUAGCUUUUGUGCGAUGAUCUUUCAUGUAGUAAAAUUUUUACGUGCAAAUAUUUCCCUCGAAAGGUAUUUCUUUACUGAUUCUCUAACUCCUACACUUUAGCAGGACUCCGAGUUCGAAGAAAUGGAUAGUACAGUAGAGCUGGAGCGAGGACAAAACAUCUUCGAAAUUCACAUUGAUAAGGUACGCCAUAUAAUUUUUGUUUACACUAUCAUCACAGACAACUUUAUAUUGUUUUGCUCAAGUUGUGCUCGCCACAUUUCUCCCAAUCAGGUUAUAUUGUCUCAGGAAGCCAUGAAAGAGUUUGAAGAUGAUGAACCGGUGACGUUUGUGACGUACGAGUUUUUUGAACAUGAGCUUCAGACGACGCCCGUUGUCAAGGGGACCAGGUACACUUUGAGAUCUGUGACUUAUCUUAGUUGCUGUGUGGUAGACCACGUCUGUUGAUAUCUACUUUACUAUCAUAAGUUCAAAACUCUGCGCUUGUACUACAUGUCAGUGGCCCAUUCAGCCGGAAGUUAUCCUGGGGUCUGAAGCUACUGGGAGUAUCACUUUACUUCUUCCUGGAUAGGAUGUCAGAUCAUGGCAAGGUUACCUCCGCGUUUCUUCAGAUUUACCUGGAAAUUUGCCGGCACACGUCUAUAGAGCUGAAUUUACGUUUAUUACCUAACCUAAAUUGCUUUGUUAGGGCGAUGCUUUUAAGUCUCUGCAAAUUUAUUCGACUGAGCUCUCUUUUUAUUUUGCUUACAGACCCGAAUUCAAUUUUACCUCACAGUAUCUUGUGAGAGUCGAUGAUUUCUUUCUGCAUUUCUUACAAAAGGUACGUUCUCCAAAUGUCGUAGACAUUCGUUGUUUGACUUAAGAAGGGAGGAAUGCGCACGAUAUCCACUGUGUUUGUUGUCCAAUGAGUCUUCCGUUUUUCCUUGUGAUAGGAAUCCACGUUGAUAGAAAUCCAUCGAGCAUUUGGAACAGACUACAAGACUGUGGCAGCUUGUCAGCUGAAGUUUAGAGACCUACUUGAAAAACCUCACGGCAGAGUUCACGGCACUGCCACGCUAAUUGGUAAGAAUCCUUUGACAGUGUUAUAGAUGUAAGAUCAACGGGGGCGAGAAAGAAGUAGCGCACGCGAGAUGUCACGCCCCGCGUGUCUGCGCCUCGCACCGAGCUUCAAGUAGGUGUGCCAAGCGAGCCAGUAGAUGGCGUUGUAUGUUCUUCAAUCAUUAAGUUGCUUUAUGAUAUUUGUGGACCGAGUUCGGAAGGUGAUUGGACUUGCGGGCUCUGCUCUCCUAAAUUGUGACAAGUAAUAUAACUGCGAGUGCUGAUUUUUUUGAAAUCAUAUUUUGUUCCUCUUAUAUUUAUUCUCGUAGGCACCAGGCCCCCAUGCCAAGGCAUCGAGUUCGCGACCAUGGAAUACUGGGUCAGACUAAGAGUUCCCAUGGACCAAGCAAUCAGAUUGUAUAGAGUGAGUGUGCCAAUAAUUUGGAUAUUUUUCUUUGACCAAUUCUAUUCGUUAUAGUUUUCUAACCUAAACAUAUCCUUUUGCGCUUUAGGAGCGUACCAAAGCACUUGGUUAUAUGAACUCUGGAGCAUAUAAAGCCCUUGAAGACGCCGGUCACGUGCCAGACAAACCGCCCUCGGACGUCAAUGAGCUCGACAUUCAUGUCGUCAGAUGCAAUGCAGUUCAGCCGAGGAGACCAGGUAAGAGUGCCGUGUAACUGCAGUCGUAGUGCUGUAAAAGACUGACGAAUUUUACCCUUUGAAAGUAUCCUAGAUAUCACGCCAGCUUUGGACAUAAUGGUCACAAACGUACAUGUAUGGCCUAUUAGUUAGGCCGAAACUAAUUCAUAACUCGGUCUGUUUCUCUGGAUAUUUGUUCCCGAAUAAGUUCCGAACCCAUUCUAUACUGAACACGCGGACGCUUCGAACGAUAAUGGGGCGCACUUCCUGUUUUACGGAGAGUGUAGUUCCGGUGAUCUUUUAUAGUUUCGUGAGUCGCACGUAGGACUCUGUGCUUAUUGAUUGAAGGCCUGGACGGGAAAAUAUUUGGAUGAGGCUCAGAUUGCAUGGACCUCCCUAAUUAUGUCAGUAUGCAUUUUUUUCACGGGACUUCGAAUUGUUGAAAAUGUCGGAAGCCACCUUUACACCAAAACAUGACAUAAAUCAGAUGGGGGGGCUCCGGAAAAGCAAUGAAAAAGAUUAUGCAAGAUGAAAGCUCGGAGCAAUCAACUGGCAGAAUUUAUUGAAGAUCGCGACGUUUCUCAAUACUUUUUGCAACAAGGCACUACUUGUGCGGAGCCAGACGGCUAUUUUCAGACAUACUAGUUUUCGUUAUGAUUUUGUUAGGAGUGAUUGAGCGUUUCGCACGGGUCGUUUGAUAAAAUUAUCCGGUUUUUUAUGUAUUCAAAUGGUCUUUUCCUUCAGGAAUACAGCCCUGUCCGUACGCGGUGUACCGUUUCUUCGACUUUGCUGAUCAUGACACAGAUAUUGUGCAGAGCACCAACACGCCUGAGUUUAAUGAUGUCAAGACAUUUCCUGUCCCCAUGACAACUGAGCUUGACACUUACCUCAGAGCUGCGGUAACUAGCUUACGUGUUUAUUUGUUUGCCUUGUUUACUGUUUUUUGCAAUGCCUGGGCUGCGAAGAACCGUUUAACGCUUAGGCACCCGUUUAUCAUGUAGGCACGCGCGUAACUAAACAAUGAUAAUUUGCCGCUUGGAAAUUCCAAGCUCUUUCGUUCCUUGUUUAUUAUUUUAGUUAAAAGCUAGAAAAACUCUGAAAAUCGAAUGACGUUUAGUUCUUUUUUCCUUCACACGCAAACCCGAAACUUGGCUUGUGAAAAGAAAAUUACAGGCUCUUGGUAUGAGUAUAUGUUGUACAGAAGAGAGAUGAGAGAAAUGAUAUCUCUAUGCUUGACGGGAAAAGUCAGGCGAAUUUAAAGUUUAAGCUGCAAACCUUUUUGGUAAUUUCAGGCGCUGGAGAUUUAUGUAUUUGAUGACGCAGAUCCCGAACCUACGGUGUACUUGGGACUGGCUAAAGUACCAUUGAUAACAUUAGCUAACGACAAACCAGUCAAGGGAACGUUUGAACUUAGGAAAGUAAGUUAUCCUCUGUCACUUCAUGAUUUCAUCUGCAGGUGAAUAGGCUUCCAGAGGUCCCUGAGUUUCAGCGAAGUCUGUCGGACGAUUACAAAAAAGUCAGUUAAUAAUACAAUAUAUGUAAACGCGCCGCGCGGACUCACUCCCAGAGUUCUGCGCGGCGCGCUUCCGUUUUUUUUUUUUUUUUAAUUAUUAUUUUUUUAUUUUUAUAUUUGACGCGUGGGACAGACUUCGCCAUAAAGAACGAACUACUCGUAGUCUAGUCGGUGCACCCUGCCAAAGGGACGUGAAUGUCAAAAAUUUUUAUUUGUGUUUUGUAACUGAUUUAUAAUGUGGUUCAAAUUGUUCAUCACAAAGUUACUGGGUUACGAAUACCUUGAUUUUCCAAGAGCGCAUAUGAAAAAAUAAAAGAAGCAGUUCCUAUUUUCCAUGCCAUUACUAAUGACACCUAAAAGUCCAGAAACGAAAUCCAGAGGAUUGGAAAAUAUUACUGAGAGACCAAGAGUAGUGAUGGAUGUAGGUACAGAACGGAUGGACGCGAGUGAACGAACAAAGCUUCAAAAGACUGAAGGAAGCCUUAACAACAAGCAAAAACAAGAUGAACGUAACCAAGGAAGCCAUCUUCAUUAACUUACCCAAAUUUUUUUUAUCUUUACAGCCCUCGGGAGGUGUAAACGGAACAAUUGAUGUUUACCUGAAAUGGAGAUAUACGUAUCUUCCGGCCAGUGCCAAGCCCCGCGCGGCACCUCAGGUAUGCACCUCGUUCAGGUCAAGAGAGGUGUGUUUUAAGUACCAAUUGAAACUGUUCGCUUGUCUAUGAAUUCAAAAUAUGAACCCCUUGCACUACGCAUGGACCCCAGAACACGAUGUUAAUUAUCCAGGAAAGAUAUGAGUAGAAUAGUCGAACUUAUAAGUGGAGGGCUUAUAUCGAGUUACAAACACCAAACUCUCGUAACUGUUUUGCAUUGAAUUGAAAAGACAGCUGAAAAGGAGAUUUACCAGCCAGAACUUAGGAAUUAAGCCCUUUUUUCCACGAGUUUGCCUAAUAUUGUUCACCUAUGAUGUUAGUAGUGACCAGACAAAGCGCAAAGUUCUCUGUUGUUUAAAUGGUAAUUCAUCGGAGCGUGGAAUCCGAAGGUCGAAGGUUCGUUUAAAAGUAGGGAAUUUUUCCUUUGUCCCACACCAGUUACAACAAAAAUGAAAUCUUCUCCAGUGUUCACCAUGUUUAUCUGUUUUAGCGUGUGAUGCGUAUACCUGAUGAUAACGAGCCGUUCAGCUCUGACAGUGAAACUGCAUUUAAACCUGUCGUCAAAUCACCUAAAAAGAGAGGAAAACCUCUGACAGUGAACCUGCAUUCUGACAGUGAACCUGAAUUCAAACCUGUCGUCAAAUCACCUAACAAAAGAGAAAAACCUCCAUCUCCGGUUGACUCGUCCACCCCGAAACAGGAACAACGUGAGGAAAAAGUGGCCAGACGAGAGUCGGCUCAGCUGCAACGAGAGCCGUCGGAUCAAAAAGAGAAAAGUGAAGCUAGAGUAGAAAAGGAGAUAAAGUGGGUUGUGUCUUUUUUGAAAUUGCGUUUAAAUUUUGAACGUGGUUGAGAUAUUUUUUUUAAAUACGAUCUCCAAACCAACUUGUUUGUCCAUCUUUUACGACGCUGAAAAUUAAGAGUGAAAAGUUCCGUCGAGAUGGACAGACGAAGCAAAAAAAAAAAAAAAAAAAAAAGCGUUCCCUCCUGCCCUGGUAUCUCUCUAAGGAAACUUUGAAGUCUAAGUCGUUGUCGUUAAUAAACAAUCUAGUAAAAAAAAGGUAGACCGGCCGUCAGUCAAACAAACACAUAUGAAUAUAGGGGGUAACUUUCUGACGAAACUGUGAUGCUGCGUCGGUGGAAGAGUGUAACAGGGUAAUUUAGUAUUAUCAACUGAGUUGAUUACAAAUUGGCCACCGUAAAGAGUUUCAAAGCUGAUGUUUCGAGCGUUAGCCCUUCAUCAGAGUGAAUGUCGGAGGGCUAACGCUCAGUUUUGAAACUCUUUACGGUGGCCAAUUUACGCUAUCAACUCAGUUGAUAAUACUAAAUUACCCUGAAACAAACACAUAGACACACAAUUGCAGCACUACAAGUUAAUUUUUACCAUUGUAUCCUAGUUUAAGUCACCUCAGAGGCUAAUUUGAAUAUUUUUCUAAAACAACAAACAGAGAAAAGCUACUUGAGUCCAUGUCAGUUGAUGAGUCAGUUGAGGCGACGGCACAGAAACCUCAGCCUGCCCCGCGCACGCGCAAAGUGGAGCCUAAGAAACCCGUGGAGGAGAUGUCUAUUGAUGAGAUGGCUAAGGCGGUCGAAGAAACGAGAGAGGAGCCUGGGAACAAUGUGAAAUCUACGGGAGAAAUCAGUGAGACCUCUGAAGAUGAACAGGUACUAAGGGUAUCAAUGAGUUGUCGAGAAAUUGAUUCAGGACUAACAAAACCUUUGACAAUUUUCUAAGUAAGUCAUCCUUGGUACGCUGACCGGCUUGACUGAGACGACGGUCUGACUGACCAAUUCAUAUUUUUAAAAAGCAGUUAUGAACAUAUUUAUUAUAUCACUGACAGUGCCCAGGAGCAAUAUGAAGCGAAUCCUCUGUUCUGAUUAGCUACCCGACCGGGCAAAAUGGCCUACUUUGUCCUCUCGGGAUUGCCCACUUUGAUUCUGCGCGUGAAAAAGAAGUACGUGGAACGGACUUACAAAGUUCGUAAUAUAUUUGGACAAUGUCGGUGAUGUAUUGGCAAAUAAAGCGUCAGAAGACAGUCAAAACAAAGAAAACAUAAACGAUUCUCGUGGAUUUAUUGCGCUAUAAAAACAGUUAGCUUUCUUUCUCGGCUCUCGAAAUAAACAGUGAUAAACAAGUCAUUCAAAUGAGGUUUUUUUUUUGCUAUAUAAUAAAUCCGUUAUGGACUGAGCGUGAGGUGAAAAUAAAUGAAUGUUAGCCUCGUUCUUUUUUUACGUUUUUAUAGAUCUCGACUUCGUUUCGGUCCAUAAAAACGCGAAAAAAUCACUCGACCAAUAUCCAGCCACCUCGACCUCACGCCUGGCCAAAAACGUAUAUCUUUACCAGUACGGAGAUUUUUUAGCGUUCUCCGCUUACAGUAGCAUUUUCUCUUAUAGAAUGAUAAAGCUCUCGUAGCAGAGGAAAUGAGGCGAACAACUGAAGCAGAAGCUAGCGAGGACACCAUGUUUGAGGAGCGGCAUUCUGAAUCCGGUCAGCAGACCUCACAGAGAGUAGUACUACUCCGGGUUUAUCGUUGCUAACAGUAUCUUUGUAUUUGUUAACUAGAUUUCGAUUCGACACUUGGUGAGGAGGUGGACAUACCCCUUCCUGCGGCGGAGUCCGGGGAAGAGCUGGACGAGGAAGGAGAGGAAAAUGAGGAGGAGAUUGAUGAGGAAGUUGAGGAGGAUGAGGAGCAGGAUGAGGAAGAUGCAGGCCAGGAGGAAAGUAAGGAGAAACAGGAGAAGGAAGACGGUGCUGUGGAAAGUGGAACUGAAACAAGUGAAAAUGAAGUGGUGGUCUCUCCGAGGCAUUCUCGAGCAAAAUCUGUGGUCAAUGUAAGCAAAGCAACAAAUUGUGAAAAAAAAGGCAUUCAUCGAGGCUCUUUUAAGUAAAUGUUGAACCCAGUCUCUCUGCUUAUUGACGCUAAAAGCAAACCAAAGAGAACUUCAGAAAAGCCUAGAGAAGGUAGCUUAAGCAAAUAACGCAAUGAGUGUGGUGAUGCUAGGCGAGGAAGGACAUGAACACGCAGUAAAAAAUAAUGACAGGUCCUCACUAACCCACCAAUGAACCUAUGGACUGGUUUUCCUUCUGGUCUAUCUUAGACAGCCUUAUUCACUUUCUGUAAUACUGUGGUCGUCUUUCAGACUGAAUGACCAAAAUACUGGACGGCCGACCUAGCGUCUCUAACCUUUUUGUAAAUGUGUUUGUUGCAGCCUACUUCUACCGUUGUUAUUCAAGUUACCAGUCUUACCCUAGACUCAGAGGCACCGAUCUUACAAGACCCGAACGUCAAACAACUCUUUGUAGCUUACAAGUUCCUGGACUACGAACCCGCUGAUCUGGAAACGCCAAUUUCAUUACCAAAGCCCGCACCGUACAGACCGAUAUACUAUAACUUCAAGAAAGGUAACUAUGAAACCUUAAGAAAAUCUUCCCCUUCCUUCUUCCCUCCCAUGCCUUUGGCCCGCAUCUGAUAUACUAUGAUAGGAACUCAGUGACCUUGAAACAGGUACUAACUUAAACACCUCCAAGGUUUACUGUGCAGCGUAGUGAUACGAACAAGUUUUACUUCAAAAGUGAAAAUCGCCAAGACCUUUAAAGACGGCAAAUUCAUGAUUUUUGAUUGUCGCAUCACCUCGAUUUUGAAAAACAGGAAACUUUCCAAGUGUUUGCAAUGGUGUAUUUCUGGGUUUACGCGUCACUUAAUGGCAUUUACUUACUCUUGUGUCUUAUUUUCAGUUUUUUAUGUAGAUGAAGAAAAAAAUGAGGGAAAGAGAAAUUACUUGAUCUACAUGCUGUCCAACGAUCCUAAGUAAGUUGUUUUUACUUGUCAUUGGCUCCCACUUGGUUGAUUGGUCUGAAACCGUGCAUGUGUGUGGGUUGUUUUUUCAUCGGGUAGUUAACCCUUUAACUCCCUUGAUUGACCAAAACUGAAUUUCUCCUUACAACAUCAUGCAGACAAGCGAUGAGAAUUAAGAAAUAUAUCAAUAAUGGGAUUACUAAUUGAUCCGAUACCAAAUUCUCCAAAUUAACAUAAUGUGAAUUAUGUUAAUACUGCGCCUCUAUCCACUGAGAGUGGAAAUGGUUAUUAGCGAAUUCUCAUUGAACCCUAACGAAAUAUUAGAGGUAACAAGCAAUGGAUUAUUAACCAUGUAGUAGGAUUAGAUCUCAUAUGCUCGCCAGCCAAGACAAACCCCAGCUACGAUGUGGGUCAGCCUCGAUUUUACAUCCUUCAACCUGCUGUUUCCUAAAUGAUCAGAACUAGCCGCUGUAUUUCCUUGUAGACUCGUGUUCACUGUGGUUAGUGACCCACCUGACGAUGAUGACGAAGGGGACUGUGUUGACGUAGCUUAUGCGUCCGUGGAUUUUCAGGAGGUUGGUAUGGUUGGUAUGGUACGAUGGUGGUGUGGCACAAGCCCGAAAGAAAAUUCGUGUGUAAAGCUUGGAAAGAAAAACAUCUUUUUCACAUUAUAAUCUAAGAAGAGAUAUUCACGUCGUAAGAGUUUUUUCCUCUCCCGUUAUUAUCAUAACGUCCUUAACCUUUUCGUGUGUGACCUUGAGUAAGGAAUAGAACUGUUAAUCAUUUCUCCUGUGGUCCUGUUUUCUUUUAUUUUAGAUUUUAUAUGAAGGGGAUGUCAUUGACAAGGAUUUAGCUCGUAAGUAUAGAGCAUCAUUGGUGAUGUUACUCGAUAGACACUAGGGUUUUCAAAAACGAUUGUUUUGGCUCAGCACAAUUUCUUUAUACGCCUUGUUGACACGUUGAUUGCAGCAGAACUUCAGUAACAUUACCUCAGAAUAAAUAGCAACAUAAGUGAGAAUUUUAAAAAGAUGUGUCUUCUUUGCAGUUUAUGACAGUGAAAGUCAUUCCGAGAUCGGAACACUCACUGUCUCUGUGGAAGCAACAGAAGCUCUACGAGACUUGUACAAGGAUCAGUGAAUCCUCGAAAGAAUCUCCAUACAUUCUUAACCAGGAACUUUCCGCCAAGGAUGAAAAUUUUGCAUUAAUUUUAUUUUACAAGCUAGCGAUUUUUAUUGUAUUGGAGGAAAAAAAAUUGCGGUUCUAGAUAUCUUGAAUUUCUACAAGGAGCUAAUAAUUUUUUGCAAUUUUUGUUCAAUAAGUAGAAGAUGAACAAGGCGAAAAUCGUAAUAACUUUUUUUCUAGCUUUUCGAGUUAUGCGAGGGAUAAUUGCACGGUGGAUGACUCUUGGAGGUAUAUCUGGAGCAAGUCUGAAUACCAAGAACACGAAUUCACACUCGACCCGCCUGCCGAGUCUCUUAACUGUAGGAAUGUGAUUUUUGCGACGAUUCACUGCGUGUGAUUUUUUUUCCAGUAGAAACUUAUUUUUGCUGAUGGAGGCUGUUCGAAAAUAAAAACCCGCAAGAUUAUAUUCUCUACGGUAAACACAAAACUAUCCAUGCAUGUUCACGCUAGAUAACGAACAGAAGUUGAGAUUCUUGGGAAAAUUACAGCAGAGACUGGAAUAUUUUUAUUAAAAGGGUGUAUUUAGUGUCGCAUUUUGUAAGUCUUUGUAAAAAUUGUACUCUUGUAAUUAGAUUUAAAUAGGCUGUUGAAGUUAUUUAUUGAAAGUCUCAUUUUAAAAAGAGAAUAAAGCGUGUCUUAAAAAUUUUCC